CCACAAACGGAACCAAAAGAUAUUAUUUUGACAGAAACAUAAAGCGGUUAGUUUUCUGCUGGAUACCAGGGACACCGUGUGGCAGGUGUGAGGAUUGCAUUUCUUAUUUUCGAUCAAGACGUGGUGGAACGGGUGAACUCGCACAUGAUCUGAAGUUCCUGAAAAUCAUCAACAUGACUACGGAGACCGAAUUCUUUGCUGGUAUUCCCAAGAUUCCAUAUGUGCCAAAUGCUGGAGCUGGCGACGUCUUGUGUUUCAAACACUACAACGCAGAAGAAGUGUUAAUGGGCAGAAAGAUGGAGGACUGGCUGAGAUUCUCAGUCUGCUACUGGCACUCCUUCUGUGGGACAGGUGCUGACCCUUUCGGGCUCCAGACACUACACAGACCCUGGAAUGAAGGAGCUACCCCCAUGGAAUGUGCCAAGAAGAGACUCCAUGCAGCCUUUGAGUUCUUCAACAAACUUGGUGUGAAGUACUACACAUUUCAUGACAGGGAUCUGUCCCCUGAGGGCAGCACUCUGGAGGAGACCAACAGGAACUUGGAUGAGAUGACAGACCUGGCCCUGCAACUGCAGAAUAACACAGGGGUCAAGGUGCUGUGGGUUACCUGCAACCUGUUUGCCCAUUCAAGGUACAUGAAUGGAGCAGCAACUAACCCUGACAGCCAUGUUUUUGCCUACGCUGGGGCCCAGGUGAAGAAAGGACUGGAUGUCGCCAAGAAGCUGGGAGCCGAGAACUUUGUGUUCUGGGGUGGCAGGGAGGGUUUUUACUCCAUACACAACACUAACGUUGGCACUGAACUGAAACACAUGGCAAAUUUCUUCAAAAUGGCCAUCAAGUAUAAGGAAAAGAUUGGGUUGAACUGCCAGUUCCUCAUUGAACCCAAACCUAAAGAGCCAUGCAAACAUCAGUAUGACUAUGAUGCCAUGAGUGUCAUUGGCUUCCUGAAGCACUUUGGACUGGACAGCCACUUCAAGCUGAACAUUGAGCCCAACCACACAACUCUAGCUGGGCAUUCCUACGAACACGACAUCGUAAUGGCCUCUGUGUUUGGCAUGCUGGGCUCCGUGGACUCCAACACAGGUUCUCCUGACCUAGGCUGGGACACAGACCAGUUCCCCAUGGACAUCAGGAACACCACCAUGGUCAUGAAGACAGUGGUAGAACAGGGUGGACUGAAGACUGGCGGGCUCAACUUUGAUGCUAAGGUGCGUAGAGAGUCCACUGACAUAGAGGACCUGUUCAUAGCCCACAUCGGAGCCAUGGACGCUUUUUCACGAGGCCUGAGGAAUGCAGUCAGGAUCUUAGAGGACGGAGUUAUCACCAGCAUGGUCAAGGAGCGUUAUAUGAGCUUCAGCCAUGGGAUUGGUCAGAAAGUAGAGGAUGGCAGUGCCUCAUUGGAGGAGCUGGAGGAUUUUGUCAAGCAAAAUGGAGAGCCAAAAGUCACAUCAGGAAAGCAGGAGAAAUAUGAAACAGUGUUUAACCAUUAUUUGUGAAGAAGUGGUGAAGAUCUGAUAAUGAAGUCUCUUGUCCUGAGUUGCAUAUUGUCUGUCCAGACCAUUUAUAAUAUAGCAUAUUGUAGACUCAUAUGACUAACUCUGGAUUGCUGAUGCCAUGUUUUGAUCUUUGAAGCCACCUGCAAGUCAUCUGUAGGAAUUAAUGGAAUUUCAAUAAAAUGUUUGGACAGAUGUAACUGUUUUGCCAUUGUAGUGGGUUCAGUUAA